AGGUUAGCUCGGAAGGCAUUUUCAGGCAAAGACUUCAAGCAGGGAACUUGCUGGCGCUCGAGGAGAAAGGAGGAGAAAGGAGGAGAAAGAGGAGAAAGGAGGAGAAAGGAGGAGAAAGGAGGGAAUUUCUCUUGUUCCUUCCCUGUCUGCAGCGGUCUUGUUGCACUAAAAGGGAGUGAUUAGCCCAAGAUGGCCAACCGCCCAGUGAACGACGCCCACCACACCCAGGGCACCAACUUGCAAUACUUAGUAGAGAAGAAAAUCCGGAAUCGAAUUUACGAGUCCAAAUACUGGAAGGAGGAGUGCUUUGGGCUCACAGCUGAGCUACUCGCGAACAAAGCCAUGGACCUGAGAUCUGUGGGGGGCGUCUAUGGCAGCAAUAUCAAGCCAACACUAUUCCUCUGCCUGACCUUGAAAAUGCUGCAGAUACAACCAGAGAAGAACCUCAUCAUUGAAUUCAUUAAAAAUGUAUAUUUCAAGUAUGUCCGUGUUUUGGGGGCCUUGUAUAUGAGGUUGACAGGCACAACCAUGGACUGCUACAAAUAUCUGGAACCUCUGUACAAUGAUAAUCGAAAAAUUAGGAUCCAGAACCGAAAGGGAGACUUUGAAUUCAUACACGUAGAUGAGUUUAUUGAUGAACUGCUACACAGUGGACAGGUUUGUGAUAUCAUCCUGCCCCGGCUCCAGAAGGACCAUAUGCUAGAAGAAAUUGGCUUACUGGAGCUUCCAAUCAGCGACUUGGAGGAGGAAAUGGAGGAUGUGAAGUCCAGUGAGGAAGAAGAGAUGGACCAAGACCAGAUAGAAACGAAUCCAUCCGAGUAUCAUCGUCUGCAAAGCUACAAAGACCCGGACAGAGGCUCCCUAAAACGGCCGUACAGAGGAAUGGAGAACCCGUCUCCCAAAAGGAGGAAGAUAGCCAACAGUCAGGAAAGAUGUCAUAGCAGGAGUCCAAGAGAGUCGAGCCCGAACACCGAGCCGGUUCCCUACGCGGUGCCCAUGUCGAUCCUUUAAGAGCCGAUCCCUGCGCAGAAAGUGUCUGUGUCAGGCUCGGAGUAGGUCCCCGGGUUAGUGCGGGUGUCGAUGCACAGCUAUUCUCUGGGAAGGUGCUGAUCCCAGCGGAGCAGAUCUUAAGUACUAUACUACUUAUUGUUUUUUAUUAAAGUCCCCAGGCCAUUAGUCAAGCCAAAGACACAAAGCCAUUCAAAAUGCUCUGAAAAUGUUGAAGAAAAAUCACAAAAAUAGUAGAUUGUGCUAAAUCCUGUACCUCGAACCCUUAAAUCUCCCGGAGUGUGAAAGCAUUAAAGUUAAACAAGUAAGUUGACACUAUAAAGCCUUGUUGUAUUUCUUUUUCAAUCUUUUUUUGGGGGGUGAUAAAAAAAAAGAACUUCAUUAAGUGAUGGAUUUAUCAUGGAUGGAACAGAAUAUUUAGGUGCUCUAAGAAAUAAUGAACACAAUGAAUACAAAGAAGCGCUGCAAGAUUUAUAUAAACUGAAACAAAAUAAAUUAAGUAGGGCCAGAAAAACAAUGUAUACAAUGAUUACAACAAUGCAAAUGGAAAGAACAACUAUAAAACAUUAGAAACUGAAUGUUGUGAAAUAAUAAAGAACAAGCUUGUUCCCCAAGGAAAAUACAUGUCCUAAUUUUUUUGCAAAGAUGGGGAUGGUCCAUAAGUGUGGAACAUUGACUAUAAUGUUAGAUUUUUUUUUUUUUUGGGGGGGGACGUGUUGAUUGAUUUGCUGAUUUUUUUUUUUCUCUUAGAAAAAAAUCAUUAUAAGGUAUGGUUCUCUGGGAGGGUAGAGAACAUGGACACAAACAAUGUCUGCUGGAGCUAGCUUCAACUAAGCUGUUAUAUUUUCAGUGAGAGCAUUUACACCUUGGGAAAACAGCAAAUACUACAAAUCAAGGCUUAAUGUAUUGUUUUGUUGGUUUUCUAAGCUUAAGAAAGUGAUGGGAAAAUGUUAAUGCUGUUUAAACUUAAAAUUGUGAACUGUAUAUAUUCUCCUCCAUCCCUUCCAUCUCUCAAAUCGAUUGUUAAAUAUUUUACCAGCACACUGUUGAAUAAAGGAGGAAAUGCAGCUUAUGUAAAAACAGAAUAUGUGUAUCAAAGCUAUUUAAAAUAAAAAUACACAGAAAAGAACUCAAGAAAAAAGUGAAAAAAAAAUCCCUGAGGAUGAUGGAUCAAACCCAAGUAUCUUUAGGAGAAAGAACUGCACAGCUGCCUGAGAGUUUAAUCAUUAUCUCCAUCUUCCAUAUAAUUUUACUCAUAUGCGAAAGUACUUUUAGCCUUUAGAAAUAAAUUCUAGCAACCGCAUGUAAGGAAACCUGAGUAUGAUAUAUAAUAGCUUUCAACAUAUUUAUUGUAUCA